AUGACCACUGGCAAUAAAACUGUAGUAACCCAUUUCCUCAUUUUGGGCUUCCCUAGUCUGAAGAAUCUUCAGCUGCUCCUCUUCUUUGUAGGGUUGCUCAUUUAUAUCUUGACUUUGAGUGGACACCUCAUCAUUAUCAGCAUAGUACACAUUGACCGAUGUCUCCAUACCCCCAUGUACUUUUUCCUCAGUAACUUCUCCUUCUUAGAGAUUUGGUACACAUCCAAUAUUAUUCCCAAAAUUCUAGAAGUCUUCCUAACAAAAAACAAAUCUAUCACAUAUACUGGCUGCAUUGCUCAACUCUACUUUUUAAUUUCAUUUGGUACAGCUGAAUGUUUUAUUCUGGCAAUCAUGGCAUUUGAUCGCUGUUUAGCCAUAUGUAAUCCCCUACGGUAUCAAAACCUGAUGAAUAACAAAAUUUGCCAUCAACUGGCUGUAUGUUCAUGGAUCAGUGCCUUCAUAAUUAACAUACCUCCACUGGUGGCAGUCUGUAGGCUGCCAUUUUGUGGACCAAAUGAGAUCAACCAUUUCUUCUGUGAUGCAUCCCCUUUACUGAAACUCUCUUGUGCAAAUCCUCAUGAAGCUGAAUUGUUCAACUUCAUUGUGGCUACUAGCGUCAUUGUCAGUUCCUUUUUCCUCAUUCUGGUCUCUUACGUCCUCAUAAUUGUCACUGUUCUGAAAAUCCCCUCAACUACAGGCCGGCAAAAAGCUUUUUCUACUUGUGGCUCCCAUCUGGCUGUAGUAACUAUUUUCUAUGGCACACUGAUGUUCAUGUAUGUCCGUCCAACCUCACAAAUUUCCACCAGUUCAGUGAACUUCAACAAGACAGUGUCUGUGUUUUACACAGUGGUCACUCCCAUGCUGAACCCUGUCAUUUACUGCCUGAGAAACAAAGAAGUCAAAGAUGCCUUGAAGAGAGCUAUCAGUGAGAAACAUGGACUCAUUAAGAAACCAAGCUACAUUAGAAGAAGAAGAACAAAUUAG